AUGUUGUUUCGUCUUACUCGUCCAGGAACCUUUUCUUUUUUCGUUGGGAUUUCGGUGCUUCUGCAUGUGAUUUUGAAUGACCUUACAGGAUCCUCAUCAGUUGCGCCACUUUUUGCUAACGCAGUACCUAUGAGCUCCGAUAAUUCCACUGACACGAAGUCGAAUGGCAUGGUCCAUUUGCUGCUUUCCUCCAAUUUUGAGGAGGAAGGUGAACAGUUUGUGCACCCGUGGAUAAAACUUCAGCAGCACAUUAACCGCAGCAAGCGCCGUCUAGCAAAAUUUCAAGGUACUUCUGCACCAUCGGAUGACGAGCUUCAAGCGUCUAUCGAACGUCGCAAAUCGAGCGUGAAUAAUGAAGCUCAGGGGCCAUCGCAUGCCAUGCUCGAAUUCCGUCCCCCGCGAAUCAAAAGUCGACCUCAGUCACAAACGUUCGAAGAUUCGAAGCCCAAGCGACGUCACUCUCGAUACGGAACCACAGAGAAGAGCGUCAAGCCCGACCUGGUACCUCGCGAUGAUGAUGGAUACUCGUCGAUGGAAGCCAAAAUGCAAAAGUCGUACUCCGUGACAAAUGCUCCUGGUGCUUCUGCUCGAAAUUCAGAGGGCUUGGCUAUUGAAGCAAAUGACGUAGGCUACUUUGUCGAGGUUCAGAUUGGAUCCUCUGAUACGAAGUUCAAGAUGCUUGUGGAUUCUGGAUCCUCUGACACUUGGGUCACUGGCACAUCAUGCAAUGAGUGCGGGUCGUCAGACCGUCAGAAGCUCGGAAAAUCUGUGUCACAGUCACUCAAGACCACGAAUGACAAAUACAAAAUUUCUUAUGGUACCGGCUCUGUUAGCGUUGCGCUUGCUACAGAUUCGUUUCAGAUUGCAGGACUUUCUCUCGACAGCUACACCUUUGGUAUUGCAAGCUCGGAAUCAGACGACUUUGGCGCGGACAAGAUUCCUUUCGAUGGCCUUCUUGGUCUAGGCGGCAAGAGUCUGAGUAUUACAGGCAAACCGACGAUCGUGGAUGCCCUUGCUCAGGGAAACAAGAUCGACAAACCGAUUGUUGGUGUUCGUUUGGGACGUGCAGCCGAAGGAAGCUCAGGCAACAAAGGCCAGAUUACCUUCGGUGGUGUAGAUCAGUCUCAGAUCGACGGGUCACUGAACCAGCUUGAUAACCAGUCAAAGGAUGGUUACUGGGCUGUGUCGCUUGACAGUGUGUCGAUCGACUCGGACCAGGUGAGUGGUGGCUCUACUGCUGUGCUCGAUACAGGCACGUCGUUGAUUGUUGCCCCGAAAUCAGCUGCCGAUAAGAUCCACGAUGCUAUUCCGGGAGCCAAGUCAGAUGGUCAAGGCGGCUACACCAUUCCAUGUACAACAAGCAAGACACUCUCGUUUACUUUUUCGGGAAAUACGUACUCGAUGGAUGCCCGCGACUUGUUGUUCGCACCGAAGGACCCGAACAACUUGAAAGGCACCUGUAUCAGUGCUGUUUCUACAGGAUCAACUAUGGACGGUGCUGACUGGUUACUAGGCGCUGCGUUCUUGAAAAAUGUCUACUUUGCCACCAACUCUGAUGCGAAUAGUAUUGGUCUUGGCAAACUUAAGCAAUAA